AUGUACUUUCCACUCGAACUUUCGCACGAAGAGCUUGACAAAUUGGUGUUAGAAGAUUGCGAGGAGAAAAUUGCUCUAUCCAGCCAUCUAAACCAAAAGUCUUUUAGUACCUAUUACAAUAUUUUGCGCAUUGUCUCUGUAUUCUUCCUAGUCCUGUUUCGAAGCCCUUAUACCCCUAGUCUGGGGGGCUUUGCAUACCUAAGCUUUGCUCUUUCAAUCCUAGCAAUAGUCGCCAUCGUCGUCAGUGGCACCGUAUAUGUAAUCCUCAACCGCCGGUUUCAGCGUGUGUAUCGACGGUUACGAUGUCCACUGGAGGAGAAGUUUGAAACAUUCACUUGGUCGCUUAUAAACACAGUGUCGCACUUAGUCAUGUCGGUUACUCUUAUGUUGUGUUGCAUCAUGAUCUUUGUGAUAUUCCUGAACGGGGAGAUCAACCUGGUCGACCCGCCCGAUGAGUAG